CUAUUGGCCUCAGUUCUCACUGCCAUCGAUAAUCGCAACUCAAUCAAAUAAAUACAGUUCUACAAAAGUAGUUAAAACUGAAUCUAUUUGAAAUUAUCAAAAUUAGUGCAAAAGAUUGGAUCAAAUAGUUGUUCAGUAUAUACAGCUCCCUUGCCAGAGUACUCAGUUGGAAAAUAAUUCGAUCAAUCAAGCUAAUGAACCAGAGCCCAUCAUGAACUCUCAGGUGGUGGAUAGUGGGCCAGUUUACACUCUGGAUGAAGCUCUUUCUGGUGUGGGUUUUGGGAAAUUUCAAGCUCUGGUGCUGGCUUAUGCCGGCCUCGGAGCCAUGGCUGAGGCAAUGGAGGUGAUGAUUCUCUCUUUUAUUGGCCCUUUUGUUAAAGCAGAAUGGGGGCUUUCUUCAGCGCAGGAGAGCUUAACCACCACUAUGGUUUUUGCUGGUAUGCUCAUUGGGGCUUAUUUCUGGGGUAUCUUGUCUGAUAAUUAUGGUAGAAGGGUAGGCCUUCUAAGUGUUGCUGUGGUAACUAGCAUAUUUGCUUUCCUGAGUGCCCUCUCCCCGAAUUAUGUUUUGUUGAUCCUCUUCCGAAUGGUCGUUGGCAUUGGUUUGGGUGGCGGACCUGUGUACUCGACCUGGUUUCUUGAGUUUGUGCCUGUGCAAAAUAGGGGCAUCUGGAUGGUCAUCUUCUCCACUUUCUGGACAAUUGGAACAAUACUUGAGGCUUCAUUGGCAUGGAUCGUCAUUCCUAGAUUGGGAUGGAGAUGGCUUCUUGCAGUAUCAUCAGCACCCUGUUUUGCAGCACUUGUCUUAUAUUUCUUCACAAUAGAGACUCCAAGGUACCUAUACAUGCAUGGAAAGAUCGGUGAUGCGCAUGAUGUCUUGAAGAAAAUGGCAACGAUCAACAAAACUGAGCUUCCGUCUGGCGAACUUGCUUCUGCGAAGAUGAGUAACCUGAACGAGGAUUUCACUCCUUCAGAAGGCACCCUAUUACUUCAUAACAGGGAACACGAGACCAAACCGGGAUACUCCUCGAUUUUCACUCUCUUUUCGCCAAGUUUAGUCAAAACAACCCUUCUCUUAUGGGUGGUUUAUUUUGGCAAUUCAUUUUCCUAUUAUGGUCUUGUGUUGAUGACCUCGGAGUUAAGCAGUGGAGAAAGUAAAUGCCACACGAGUUCGUAUCCAGGCCUCUCGACAGAUUCCAGCCUCUAUAUAAAUGUAUUCAUCACCAGCCUUGCAGAGCUUCCCGGCCUUGUUUUAUCAGCAAUACUAGUGGACAAAAUCGGUCGCAAGAUGUCAAUGGUGGUGAUGUACUCAUGUGGAUUCAUAUGCCUUUUACCAUUGAUGUUCCAACAGCAACAAGUUGUGGUCAUAUCUCUACUGUUUGGAGCUCGAUUGUUCAUCAUCGGAAACUAUACCGUGGCUGGUAUCUACUGUCCAGAGUUAUAUCCGACAUCGGUGAGGACAACGGGAGCUGGUGUUGCGAAUGCUGUGGGGAGAAUUGCAGGGAUGAUAUGUCCUCUUGUAGCUGUGGAGCUUGUUUCUGGUUGCCAUCAAAUGGCAGCAAUAACUUUAUUUGAAAUUUCCAUACUUCUUUCUGGAAUUAGUGUGCUUUUCUUCCCAAUUGAAACCAAAGGAAGAAAGCUGAGCGACUCUGUCACACAAAAUAUAUAGACUUGGUAUAUAUCAACCCAAAUAUUAUUCACAUAUUUACCACGAUAUCAAACAUUCAUGUUAUAAAGUUGUAAGUAGAAUCUGAGUUGUAGCCGAUAGACUCUAGCAGCCGGAAGGUUCGAAUACGUCCGGUUUUUCUCAUAUCUUUACUAAAGAAGGCGGUUGGAAACUCAUCGGUCGAGAUGCAAUUGCCAGUGGCAUCUCGCCAAUUCCACCAGAAGUUGUUCUCGACCAGCUUUAAAAUAGGCGCAAUGGUCAACCAAUAACUCAGGUUUUGGUCAAGCCGGAAGGGUUAGCCGCAGAGGAAGCUACGUGGAUGGAUGUCAAGGAUGUAUGCGGGCAGUUUCCGAAUUUCAGCCUUGUGGACAAGCUCUUUCUGGCAGGGAAGCAAUUGAUGCCACUCAAACCGCCCAGCCGAAGCCUUGGCUGUGUACCGUCGCAGUAGUAGAAAGGUAGCAGAGUUUAAUGGCUUGAAUGGGGAUAAUUGGAGAUGCUAGCUGUGAUCAUUCGCAGUAAAAGGCUGAGAGGAUUGGAGGAGAUGAAAGAAGAAGAGUUGGCUGUUAGAUUUUCCAUAGCAAUAAAAGAUGGUAGAGGAGGAGUUGGUUGUUAUGCAGUUACACUUUAUUUCCUUUCCCAUUUAAAGAUUCAUUUUAACUCGGCAUGGAU